ACUAAAUAAUCCCAAACGACAGAAGCACACUCCCUCUCCUAUUAGCCAAUGACAUCUCCUCACUUGUUCCAUAAAGCUUUCCUAAUUCUCGGUUUCAUUCAUAUUGGCCAAUGGCAUCUCCACAGUGCCUCACACGUACUUCCUAUCAUCAUCUUGACCAAACCAACAAUCUUUCACCGAAAGUUUUUUCAAUCAGUUGCAGCAUAAUCAAUACCAAGAAAAACUCCAUAAUAUCUUCAACCUGUAGGAACCCCAAAAGAACAAGAAGAUACGAAGUAAUAGCUAAAAACAACAGUAGUAGUACAGAAAUUAAACAUGAAACAUAUGAAGGUGUAGAGAAAAAGAAGAAGGAAAGAAGGUUUAGGAUUCUGAUCGCCGGCGGUGGGAUUGGUGGGCUGGUUCUGGCGUUGGCAGCAAAAGAAAGAGGGUUUGAGGUUAUGGUGUUUGAGAAGAAUUUGAGCGCAAUUAGAGGGGAAGGAAGGUAUAGGGGACCAAUUCAGCUGAUGAGCAGUGCGUUGGGUGUGUUGAUGGAUAUUCAUAAGGGGGUGGCGGAGCAAGUUAUGAAUGCAGGGUGUGUCACCGGAGAUAGGAUGAACGGCCUUGUUGAUGGAGUUUCCGGCGACUGGCUUGCCAAAAUUGAUCUCCUGGCUCCUGCAAUUAAGAAAGGACUUCCUGUGACUCUGGUAAUAUCAAGAACGACAUUGCAAGAAAUCUUACUGAAAGCUGUGGGAAAUCACAUUGUGUUUAACAAUUCUAAAGUUGUUGAAAUCUCCCAAGAUCCUCAUAAGGUCGUGGCAACCCUUGAUGACGGGCGACAGUUUGAAGGUGAUAUCUUGGUCGGAGCUGAUGGAAUUUGGUCAGAGGUGCGUAAGAAAUUGUUUGGAACACAAGAAGCAAGUUAUUCAGGCUAUACUUGCUAUAGUGGAUUAGUAGACUACGUCCCCUCAUACACGAAUUCUAUCGGCUAUCGUGUGUUCCUAGGGAGGAAUCAAUACUUUGUUGCUUCUGAUGUUGGUAAUGGAAAAAUGCAAUGGUACGCCUUCCAUAAGGAGCCCCAAAUAGGCAGUGGUAAUUUGGAAGACCAUGCAGGUAAAAAGGUAAGGCUGACUAAGCUAUUUGGGAGCUGGUGUAGCGAUGUGACCACAUUGAUAGCCAAAACAAGAGAAGAAAUGAUUUUACGAAGGGAUAUAUAUGAUCGAGACAUGAUAUACUCAUGGGGAAAAGGACGUGUUACACUUUUAGGAGACGCUGCUCACCCUUUGCAACCUAAUCUUGGGCUAGGUGGUUGCUUGGCAAUAGAGGAUUGUCACCGAUUGAUUCAUGAACUGGAAAGUAUCAAAAAAAGUGAAUACAAUGCUAUCAAGUUGAUUGAUAUUACGUCUGUACUUAAGAGAUAUGAACAAAAAAGAAUGUUAAGGACGAUGAUUACACAUGGAGUGACUCGUAUGGCAUCAAAAUCACUUAGUGGUUACCAAUCUUUCACAUCCUUGUCGGCAUUUCGAUUGCCUGUACAAGUUUCUGAAUUUUUACAAAUGGUUUCAUCAUAUUUCUUGACUUGGUUGGUAGCCGGUGAAGCCGAUAUGUUGAAGAAACAAGAUCAACAGAUCGAAGGUAAAAAACACAAGGUUUUGCUCCAAUAUAACAGGAAGAGAUAAGAAUAGCAACACAAAAAGGCAAUAAGUGAACACCCAUAUAAGACGCAAGACCUAUUCUAAUACUUGUGUGUGAUUUGAUAACCACCCAUCAAUUUCGAAUAUUUUUAAAUUGCGACCACCAAUAUCCAUAAUGAAAAGAUCCUUAUGAUAUCAUUUUUAUAUUAGGGAAUGAAAAGUAGCAAUGUCAAGCAGCUCCAUCACUAAAUGUAAAUCAAUGAAAGAUUACACCAAGC